CCUGAUUGGCUUUUAAUACAGAUUGAAAGUCAGUUCUUGGCACGACCUGUCCAAACGAAGGUUGCGCGGGAGAUGAUGUCACCUUGCAGGGGGAAAAAUACUUCUCUCCAACUCAACAUGGGCGAAGGGAAAUCCUACGUAAUUGUUCCUCUCGCAGCAGCUGCACUUUCUGACGGCCACAAACUGGUUCGAGUAAUCGUGCUGAAAUCAUUGUCUGCUCAGAUGUUCCAGCUUCUGGUUGAACGACUAAGUGGCCUUGCACAGAGGCGCAUUUUCUAUAUUCCAUUCUCCCGCGCUCUUUCCAUCGGCUCAUUGAAGGUGCAAAUGUAUCGUGAUCUGAUGCAAGAAUGCAUGGACACCAAGGGCAUCUUGGUCGUGCAACCGGAUCACAUCUUGUCGUUCCAGUUGACGGCCGUUGACCGUCAGCUGCUCCCUCAGUCUGAAGCUGCCGAAGAUAUACUGCGGACUCAGCUGUGGCUCGAUAAUCAUACACGCGACAUCCUGGACGAAAGCGAUGAAAUUUUGCAC